GAGAGAGAGGCAACAAAGACAUGGCCUCGAUCCGCCAUGACAAUAAAAACAGCAGCAGCAGCAGCAACGAUCUCCAACCUCUCCACAACUUUUCGCGUUUUGUGCAAUCUGCAUCCUCCAAUUUCUUCUCUCUCUUCAAUCUCAGCCUCAACAACAGCAGCAGCAGCAACAAGACCUGCAACGCCAAGACUUGGACGACCUCACCACCGUCUGGUCCUCUCUCUGUUACGGCGUCCUCUUCGUCGGUCAUAUGUGUGCCUUUCCUAUUAGCCGAUGCCCCACGGCCACCAAUUCCUUCUCUCUCCAAUGUGUCCGCUGCCCCUUCUUCUUCUUCCACCUCUUCCGACCAAAGCAGUUCCUUUUCAUCUUCAUCUGCAUCGGCAUCGGCAUCGGCAAUCAAGGGCGUGUCACAGGCGUCGGGGUUUCCUUCAACGGUUAGGGUCGGCGGUCUCAAUUCAACCUCAAAGGGAGGUGGGCCUGCUUUCGUGGGUCAGGUGUUCAGUAUGUGUGACCUCUCCGGCAAUGGUCUCAUGGCCGUCUCAACUCGCCUUGAAAUUCCCUUCCUUUCCAAAAGGAUACCUGAGUGGAUUAAAAAGAUGUUUGCAAUAAUCACCAAGAAUGGGAAGGAUGGUCCUGUGUUUCGCUUUUUCAUGGAUUUAGGUGAUGCAGUUGCAUAUGUUGAACAGUUCGACAUUCCAACUGGUGUUGUGGGUGCCUGUGGUCUGGAUUUAGCAUACGGACACUUCAAGGAAAAACCUCACAUGUUUGAAUUUGUUCCAAAUGAAAAGCAGGUCAAGGCAGCCAAUAAACUACUUAAGAGAAACCCACAGAGCUGUAGAAGAAGGAUCGAUGGUGUUCCUGUUUUCACUGCAGAAAACUUAGAUUUUGCAAUAGCAACAUCUGAUGGAAUUAAGCGGUAUACACCAUACUUCUUUGAUAAAAACAUGCUAGACAACAUCCUCGAAGAUUCUGUUGACCAGCAUUUCCACACGUUAAUCCAGAAUAGACAUAUGCAACGGCGACGGGAUGUGAUUGAUGACAACUUGGCAGAAGUGGUUGAGGACAGUGGGGAGAGCUUAUGGGAACCUCCAGAGGUUCAAGAAAUGCUGGAUGAAAUGGGCCAUCCUGGAAUACCUUUAAGUGUCAUAUCAAAGGCUGCUGAAAUGCAGCUUCUUUACACUGUUGACAAAGUACUCUUGGGAAAUAGGUGGUUACGAAAAGCCACUGGUAUUCAACCAAAAUUUCCAUAUAUGGUCGACUCAUUUGAAGAAAGGAGCGCAGCUUCUUUUUUGAGGACGACAGACUCCAUGGCUUCUGUUGCUGAUUCAGGAGCAGAGAAUGUUAGUAAUGGGCAGGAAUGGCAGCUUAGCAGUUCAGAACUCAAUAGAAGUGGGAAAACCCUGGACAAUCGUGGCGAGCAAACUAGGCAUAAGAAUUUUAGGUUUCCUUUUGGGUUAGUGAAUCCAUGGUCAAAACAAGUGCAAAUGCCAGAGAACCAGAUGAAAACAGAUUCAAGUAGGGAAUGCGUUAAGCAAGAGCCUCUGUUGAAUCCUCUUCUUCCAAAGAUCACAAUGGUUGGGAUCUCAACAGGGGGCGAGGCAGGGCAGAUUAGUAAAGCCAGCUUGAAGAGGACAAUGGAGGACCUGACUCGUGAUUUGGAGCAGACAGGUCAGAAAAGCAGUGGUUCUUGUAGCAGUGAACUAAGAAAUGAUGAUAGGGAUCCCCUGUUUGUGGCAAAUGUUGGCGAGUACUUCAGCAUGACUAAGACGAGCUCCGGCAAAUGGGUACAUGGGGGAAACAAUUGACAAGCCUGUUGGUAAGUUUUUCAAAAAUGUAAAUUAAUGUUAGGAAUGCUUCAUUCCAUUGUAAAUUCUGGUGGGAGGAGAAUGCUAGUAUUCAGGAUCAUGAUACCGGCCUGUGUCUUCUUCUAUUCUAGAUUAUCCAAUCAGUAUUAGAAAGGGAAGUCAAUUCAAUGGCUGCAAAGAUCACUCCAGCUUUUGCUGAUCUUCUCC